AUGAUUCAGAGGAAGCUCCCCAAGAAGUUGACUAACCCCGGGAGUUUCAUUAUUCCAUGUGUGAUUGGAGACAGCACGCAAGAGAGGGCCUUGGCAGAUUCUGGGGCCAACAUCAAUGUAAUGCCCUACAAGCUAUUUUUGAAAUUGGGAUUGGAAGACAUGAGGCCUACAAGGAUGACAAUACAACUUGCCGACCGGUCUAUAAAGAAACCCCGCAAUGUUGUUGAGGAUGUGCUAGUUAGAGUAGACAAGCUCAUUAUCCGGGUGGAUUUCAUUAUUCUUGAUGUGGAUGAUGACGUUAAAGAGGUCUUGGCGAUUAACCUAUUGGAUGAAUUCUUGGAAGGAAUGGAUAGAGAUGAGUGUAAGGAGAACAACCCACCUCCCACACAAGAAUGCAAGCCAAAUGAGUUUUAUCAAAGUGGCCAAGACACAAUGCGGCACCUAUUUGAGUGCCAUCCUUAG